CAGCAGCAGCAGCAGCAGCAGGGCAGCAGCUUCCAGCAAUAGCAGCGAUUAAAUUUGUGUGAGGCGAAAAGAGUGAGCUUCCAAUUUUCUAUUUCAACAAGACACUGCAGUUGCUCGUUGUUUUCACAUUCUUUUUCCCUUUUCAGAAGUAUUAUUUAUUGACCUUUUCUCUUUACACCCUACAUCUCUAAUAUACAACAGCUUUCUUUAUAAACCAAUUCUAACACUACAACGAGAUGGGAAAUUCUUGCAGUAAUUGCUGUUCAAACUGUUUUGGAAAACGUAACCGAAAUGGACUUUAUGAACCUUUAUUACAAGAAAACGAACGGGAAGCUAUUGCCGAAUUACUACAAUACCUUGAAAACCGUAGCGAUACCAACUUUUUCGAAGGAGAACCGUUGCAAGCACUGUCAACAUUAGCGUGCUCAGACAAUGUCGAUUUACAGCGGUCAGCUGCUCUUGCAUUUGCAGAAAUCACUGAAAAAGAUGUUCGUCAAGUAGGACGUGAUACUCUAGAUCCAAUACUAUUUUUGUUACAAUCCCAUGAUGUCGAAGUACAAAGAGCAGCCAGUGCAGCGCUUGGUAAUCUCGCCGUCAAUACUGAAAACAAGUUAUUAAUUGUGAAACUUGGUGGACUUGAGCAGCUUAUUCGGCAGAUGGGUUCUCCCAACGUUGAAGUGCAAUGCAAUGCUGUAGGUUGUAUAACCAACCUUGCAACUCAUGAUGAAAAUAAGACAAAGAUCGCAAAAUCAGAUGCUUUGCGUUUGUUGGUUGACUUGGCAAAAUCGAAGGAUCAACGAGUGCAAAGAAAUGCUACAGGCGCUUUACUAAAUAUGACACAUACGCAGGAAAACAGACAGCAGUUAGUGAAUGCCGGAGCUAUUCCUGUAUUGAUCAGUCUACUUAGUUCUCCAGAUGCAGAUGUGCAGUAUUACUGUACAACAGCAUUGUCAAAUAUUGCGGUUGAUGCUAGCAACAGAAAAAAACUUGCUCAAACUGAUUCGCGGCUUGUACAGUACUUGAUCGCCCUGAUGGAUACAAAGAGUCUAAAAGUACAAUGUCAAGCAGCCCUCGCUUUACGAAAUCUAGCAUCUGAUGAAAAAUAUCAACUUGAAAUUGUUCGCUGUAAAGGCCUUCCGCCACUAUUGCGCCUACUCAAGUCAUCCUUUUUGCCACUUAUUUUAUCCUCAGUAGCGUGUAUUCGAAAUAUAUCUAUUCAUCCCGCGAAUGAAUCUCCCAUUAUUGAUGGUGGUUUCGUUAACCCACUCAUUGAGUUGUUAGCUUACGAUGAGAAUGAAGAGAUACAAUGUCACGCCAUCUCGACACUUAGAAACUUGGCAGCCAGCUCAGAACGCAACAAGCGAGCUAUUGUUGAAGCAGGAGCAGUAGAGCGUAUCAAAACGUUGAUUAAAAAAGUACCUGCAAGCGUUCAAACGGAAAUGACAGCAGCCAUUGCUGUAUUAGCAUUGAGUGAUGAACUGAAGCAAAAACUGUUGGGCAUGGGCAUCUUAGAAGUGUUGGUGGAUCUGACAUCGAGUUCAAAUAUGGAAGUAGAAGGAAAUUCCGCAGCAGCUAUUGGUAACCUAAGCUCCAAAGUAAAAGACUACACGGCAUUUGUUGCAGCUUGGAAUAGUACACCUUCAGGUGGUUUGGAGAAUUUCUUGAUACAAUUUCUUUCAGAACAGCAAGAUAUUGCUUUCCAGCAUAUAGGUGUUUGGACGAUUGAACAGUUCUUAGAGGGUGAAGAUGAGAAGUUAAUCGCUUUAAUCGCUGGUUCCGACACGAUUAUAGAGUCAGUACAAAGAAUUGUCGAUGAAGGACGGCAACAGUCAGUAUCACAAGGAAUCAGCGAACAGCAGCAACAAUCAAAUGCAAGUGACGACGGGGAUAUUUACGGUCUAGCUAAACGUGUUUACCAGACUCUACAGCAAAUCAGAGAGUCCAACGAGAAAACACAAAGAAAACAGCGUUAAUCAAGUCUUUUUCAAAAUAGUAACACAUGGUUGAUCUUCCCCCUUCACCAACGCAAACGUCUCACACUUAUACUCAGAGCUUCCAUGACUUUUCAUACUUUUUCCCUCCCCCCCCCCUUUACCGACAUUUUGCUAUGUUAGCUUUUCUUUUCUUUUGCUUCUAUUUCCAACAGAAGGAUGGCUUCAGUAUGCAAAUCUUUCUUUUUCUCAAAAUUUACGUAAAAAAAAAAAUCAAUAAAAGGCCUUUAUGCAGUUACCGA